AUGUCCAUCUAUGCUACUUUAUCAAGAUUAGGUUCAUCAUCUGACCUCAAGGCAAAUAUUUCAAGCAUGUCCAAUACUAGUUAUGCUCAACACGAACAUUUAAGCCAAAGUGCCAACAUUGUCGUUUGUAAUGCUCAAGCCCCACAAGGAGCCAACACUACCCAAUUUGCCAGAAAAUACUGGCUCCCAAUGUACUAA